GCUGCUGUGUUUGUGCUGCAGUGAGUGUGUGAGUGAGUCGCCGGUCUGGUCUGAGGCACCAGCAACGCUGACAUGGUGAACGGGAAACACACCAGCUCCAGCUCCAGUACCAGGUCCAGGUCCGGGUCCUCACCUCUCACCGCUGUGCUUUGAACUCUCCAGAACCCACAUUUUGAGCAACUUGGUUCCAUUUUGAUCAGCUGCAAAGAUCAGGAUCAAAAUGGUGUGGAUGCACCAACACACCUUCUCCCUUUUAUUAACUGUGCACAUCAUUUAUUUAACUCUGAUUCCUGUGAGCGCCGAGGAGGAGACCAGAGAAUGCAGAGAGCAGGAGUACAAGGACCGUUUUGGGAACUGUAAACCCUGCAAGCAGUGUGAUGCAGGACAGGAGCUUUCAAAGGAAUGUGGCUUUGGUUAUGGAGAGGAUGCCCGGUGUGUGCCCUGCCGGAGCAGUCGCUUCAAAGAGGACCGGAGCCUGCAGAAGUGCAAGCCCUGCUUGGACUGUGCUCUCAUCAACCGCUUCCAGAAGGGCAACUGCUCCACCACCAGCAAUGCUGUGUGUGGCGACUGUCUGCCGGGAUAUUACAGAAAGACCAAAUUAAGUGGUUUCCAAGACAUGGAGUGUAUACCCUGUGGGGACCCUCCGCCUCCUUAUGAGCCUCACUGCAGCGGACGUGUGAACCUGGUGCCGCUACCCGUGGUGGUGACCAGCCCACGGGACAUGGCCCUGGCUGCGGUCAUCUGCAGCGCUCUGGCCACUGUGCUGCUGGCCCUGCUGGUGCUGUGUGUCAUCUACUGCAAGAGACAGCUGCUGGAGAAGAAGCCCAGUGCAGCGUCUCUGAGGUCCCAGGACUGUCCGUACAGUGGGGCAGAGCUGUCCUGCCUGGACCCUCGCUGGUUACACGACUUUCCCCAGAGACCCUGCUGCCAGUGUCACCUUGGCCCCGGACACACAAAUGGUCCGGUCCACCUGAUCCCAUCACUGUGCUGUGAUGAGAGGUGCAGUCUAAACCGUUGCCAGGACAACAGUCCCUUCCAUUCCCACAUGAGUCUCAGUGACGGAAACCUGGAUGAGGAAGACACCCAGGUGCAGCAUGGAGGACAAUUGGAGUUUGACAGCAUAGCAGUUGGUGGGACAACAGCGAGCUCAGAGCCUGCAGAGUGCUUGGCAAUGCCUCAGUGUGACACAGGAUCUACAGGGAGACCUGAGGUGGAGGAGGACUGUGAGGGAGGCGAGGAAGAGGACAGGUGCAGGUCAGAGGAGAACUCACCUGAGAGGACCAGACAGAGCUUCAGUGAAGCUAUGACAGAUGCACUUCUUCAGAAACAACAGCACCCAUCAACUCAGUUAGGUGAGUCUCUAAGUCCCGAAGUCAUGUCCCAAGCUGUAAAUCAGUUGAACUCAAACGUUUACCUUGACGCAUGAAGACACUCCCAUGGCAUUUCAGAUUAGCUGCCACAAAGAAAAACUGCUUAAUGAUCCUCGAUGUUCUCUAACAUCAAUUACGAAAUCACAUGAUCUCUCCCACGCAGUUUAACUCAUUCCUAUAGGGACAUUGAGGGACUGUAAAAUAAAACCCAUCUUCUCAAACUACUGCAUACUGUUUUUCCUGCAAAAGACACCCAAGUUGUCAUCUUGGAUGUCCUUUUUAUGGACUGGGACAUUGCUGUGUGAGUGUCUGUCCAUGACGAGCAGCUGCUAAAAGAAACAGGAGAUAGCACAAGUUCUUUGAUGUGGACAACACUAUCCUGUUAUAAGUCGGCUGCUGCUCAGCUCUGGGCAGAUACAUUACUAAUCACAGCGUGUGUGGGUUCCUCUUCCUGCUCUUUCCAGGAUGACAUGGACGUCUUUGGCUCCUGUUCCACCCUUGAACCAGCCUGGACUUAACAACAGCCGCAUCCAGAUCCUGUUUCAGAUAUCACACGCACGCACACACAUACACACACACACAGAAUGUGAACUCACAUGCCCCAGAAGGUGAAACUGAAUGAAGUUGAAACAUCGAGGAGUAUUGACUAACAAAAAAAAAAAAAAAAAAAGAGCCUUGGCUCCGUCUUGAAAGCGUCUGAAAUCUUCACAUGUAGGAGGACAAACUGUAACCACUGAUCAGCUGAUCGACAGCUGGUUUUAUGAAGCUUUUGUAUGUAACAGUUGUGAAAUUUGAGGUGUGAAGAAAAGUGAUUAUGUUGCACAUUGAAGACAAUCUUAAUAACACAGAGCAAGUUACGAUGAGGAAUGUUAAAUAUGUUGUAGAUACUGUACAAUAGUAAAUAGGUCAAUAUUUUUGUAACAUAGACUUGACUGACGAUAUGUUUGCUUUCAUUUCCCAGAUAUAGUGUUGAUGUUCGUAAACAUGUUUUUGUAAAUAAACUUGAACUUGUUUACAUA